UCAGUGCUCAUGCUCACUCUCGAGUUGGUCGGUCGGCAGGCAAGUGAGUCAGUCAGUCGAGUGUGCAGUGCAGCAGACGGUCCCUGAGCCGCCCCGUGUGCGUUUAUGACCCUGCCAGGGCGGAGCAGGAGCAGCCCCUCGCGUUCCCCUGCCCCGGCCCGGCGGAGAAUUCACCCCUCGGCGGAUGCUGCUGCCGCCGUCGCCGCCGCCGCUGCUUUUGAUGGCCUGAAAAGCGUUUAUGGACCCUAUGCUCAACUCAAUUGAAACUUCUGCACCAGCACGAUGCGCGAUUUGUGGCAAUUAUCCCCUCGCGGAGAAGACCUUCUACGUACGGGUCGGCCACCGAAAAGAAGUGAUGAGGAUACCAACCACAAUGCCAAAACUUGACUUCAUAGACAUGCUACGCUCGGCGGCUGAAGUCGACAAAAGCGAAAUCCUCAAAUUAUACUCAGACGCGGGCCAUCUAGUCAAUAUCUCGCCAGAUCUGCCGGCAAACUCGCCGGACUCGCCGUACGAGCUGCACGCGAUUGCCACUAACUGUAAUGAUAUUCUGCGGAGAGAGCUGGGCAUGGAUUUCGAUGCUCUCGACCAUAGGAUAAGUGAGCUGGAACAAAUGCUAAAUCCAGACAACAUAGAUGUAUCCAAAACCCUGGCUCAUCUGCGCAAACAGUUGGAAGCCUUCAGGCUCAAGCUGGAAGGACCCAAAGUCCAACAACCUGAAUUGAAAUUGGAACGUCAAUCGCCGACAAAAGAGAGGCACAAUUGGAAUACGCUUAAUCAGCAGUUUUACGCUCGACGCAGCGCUGAAGAGAGACUUGUUGUGUGGCACAAAUUCCUCAAAAUAUGUGAAAUGUCGCUUUCUGAGGAUGUUCGGGUGAGGCUGCGUCAAGUGAAUUUCGACAUCAAUGAGUGGGAGGACGAAGAGCUGCUGGUGAUGCUGCAGCAAAUGUACCUGGACCUCGAACUGACCUCCACCUUUGCUUUGGACAUUCAUACUCUGCGAGGCUUCCUUUUUCAAAUCUACGAACACUACAAUGAUGUGCCAUUUCAUAAUUUUCGACACUCCUUCUGCGUAGCACAAAUGAUGUAUUCGCUGAUAUGGGCUGCCGGCCUUCGGAAGAGGAUGGGCGAUCUGGAAGCACUGAUUUUAAUCACAUCUUGCAUUUGCCACGACCUGGACCACCCUGGCUACAACAAUAUUUACCAGAUUAACGCGCGCACAGAACUUGCAAUCAGAUACAAUGACAUCUCGCCGCUAGAAAACCACCAUUGCUCAAUUGCCUUUCAAAUUCUGUCCCGGCCGGAGUGCAACAUGUUCAAGAGCUUCUCGUUCGAGCAGUUCCGGCAGGUGCGCGAGGGCAUCAUUCGGUGCAUUCUGGCCACCGAUAUGGCGCGUCACAACGAGAUCAUUGAGCAAUUCCGAGAGAUAACGCCAGUGUUUGACUUCGCCAACAACUCGCACACUAAUUUGCUGUCGAUGGUAUUGAUAAAAGUGGCAGAUAUCUCAAAUGAGGCGCGACCGAUGGAGGUCGCCGAGCCGUGGCUUGAUCGCCUUUUACAGGAGUUUUUCAAGCAGAGUGACUCUGAAAAAUUAGAAGGCUUGCCUGUGACGCCAUUCAUGGACCGGGACAAAGUGACGAAGCCGUCAUCGCAGUGCAGUUUCAUAGGACUGGUUUUGUUACCUCUGUUCGAGGCAUUAGUAGUCCUGCUGCCAGAGCUCCAUGAAAUGAUAAUCAAGCCAGUACAGUUCGCGUUGGACCACUACCGGCGGCUGAACGAGGCGGCCCGCGAGCGCCGCAGUUUGGACUUGCAGUUGUCCCUGGAGAGCCCGCAAUCGGACGUGGCAUCGUCGCCGACCGACUCGAAGCGCAGGUCCAUUUCCAUCGAGAGCAACCCGCGGCAGGGCCGCUUCAGCAUCCAGUCCAACAGCGAGAUUCUCAGGCAAAUCAGUUUGAUCGAGGAGGCAGAGCACGGCGAGGACGUCACCGAGGUCGACAUCAGUGAAAAGACUCUCAAAUUCAAAAUUUCCACCGAGCAUACCGUCAACAACCACCGCAAGGGAAGCACAGAAAAACAGAGUUCGGUGGAGGUGUCGCCGUCAGAGGAGGAGCUGAAGGCGUGCCGGAAGCAGUCGUUCUUUGCCAAGCUGCGUUUUUUCCGGGACAAACUGAACGGGCAGAGCGUGCCGUUCAAGAAGGCGGGGGGCGCGCGGCGCAAGUCGUCCUCCUCGUCCGAGAUCAACAAGCAGUGCAGCUCCGACAGCGGCGCCGGGCCGUGCGUGGCGGCGCCGUCGCUCGACGCGGUCGUCUCGUCCGGCAGCCUCGACUGCAUGCUGGCGCCGACCACGGGCGGCGCCGCCAACACCGACGGGAAGCCGCACAAAAAGAACCGGCGCUUUCAAAAGCUGAAAAGCAGUGGCGGCGGCGGCGACGGCGCCCGCAGCCCAAUCAAAAGCAAGGUCGCCUCUUUUGUUGGCAGUUUCCGCAAAAACCGCCGCUCCGACAACUACAAGACUAAUUAGCCAAAUAGGCCCAGCAACACACCUCACUCCGCCAUCAGGGUUCGCAAAACCAGCAUUUUUCCGGAAAAAAUAUAGCUGACUUUUUGUGCAAUUUUUCCCUAAUUAAAAAAAAAUACUUCAUAUUAGAGAAGAACAAAAAAAUCGUGUUUACCAGCACUGAUAACAAAAAAUGAUGGAUUUUUGAAAAAGUUUUAUAAAAAAAUUAAGAGAAUUCGCCAAUUAUUGCGAAUGCCUGUAGUUUCGCAGCCGCCAACAGAGAUGAAACCACAGUAUACUUGCUUUUUUAAAAUGCACUUUGAAUUCUGCUGCUGUGCAUUCUGCACUUAAAAUAAUUUAUUUUGAUUUUUGUUAAUUAAAAAAUUGACAGAGCCAAUCGCCACAGAAAUGUACAAAAUCUACAGCGAUUGGUUGAACCAAUUUUAGUUUUCAGCACAUUCAAAGUGGCAGGAUUUAGUCUUAUCGCAGUGGAAUUUAAAUCGUAGGUAACCUGUCGACGGCUUUGUACACUUCAGGCAUUAACAAAUAAUGGCGAGUUGAAUUAAUUAAAUUACGAAAUGGUUAAUUCGCCGCGUCUAUCCUCAUUCCUAUGGAUUUCAGCCAUUUCGCAAUAAUUUUUAUUUAAUUUUUCUGUUAUCAUAGUCCAAUUGGGAAACCCGUUAGUGUUUGGAUCUGCUAACAGAUGGCACAACCGUAAAUUUAGAAUUUUCAGCAUCAUUUUUGGCCAAAAGACUCUAUUUGACGUGAUUAAAACCAAAAUUAUAUAGAUCAAUUUUUCGAGGCUAUAAAACGAGGAAACCCUUUAAAAUUGCUGUUUUUUUUUUUGUAAGAAAAAAUUUGCACAAUGCAAACCUUGGCGAACCCUAUCCGCCAUAUCCAUUUCAUAUAUAUAUUUCUAUAACACUUCGCCCUUUUCUCUACGCUAUAUUAAUUCGUUUCUAACCACGUUUAGCUGUUACUAGACGUGAAAAGUGUUUUUAUCCGUUUUGGAUAAAGGUCAGUGUUGCGUAGAUUGCGUUCUUCCGAGAGGGCAGGGAAAUUGCCUACCGAGAAAUAAUUCUUUGCGAGAUAACGGAACGUUUGGAUAGGGCUAAUUUUUAAAUGAUUUGAUACGCCACAAGACUCAGAGUUAGAGAAAUAGAGGCAUAUAUGUAUUAUAAUAUAGUACUCGAUCACCUCUGGAUUUGUAUAAAAACUCCCGCAAAUUUUAAUGGCGAUAAUAUUAAAUGCAAUUCACCAGUAGUAUAAGCCCUUGUGUUUGAAGCCGCUAACAGAUGGCGCCAUAUUUUUAGUAAUUAAUUUAAUUUUAAGGCACUUCCACUGUGAUUUUAGACUCAAUAUUGCUAAUGUGCAUUCUUCGCUUAAUAGGUUUUCUUUUGACGUGCUGGAAACCAAAAUCAGUCCAGCCAUUCGUCGUAGAAACGUUGGAAAAGAUUUUAUAUUUCAAAAAAUAGUUUUUCGCGGUUCUUCGGCGAUUUGGCUUAACCGAUGUUGGUUUUCAGCACGUCAAAAGAAAGCAUAAAAAGUGAAGAAUGCACAUUAGCAGGAUUGAGUCCGAAAUCGCAGCAGAAAGGCCUUCAAAUAAAUUUAUUACGAAAGUAUACGGUGGCGCCAUCUGUUGGCGGCUUCGAACACUAAGGGUUUAUACAACUGGUGUAUUUAAUUGUGUGAAAAAAAUCAUUAAAUUUUGUCUUGACCCUGAAGUCACUAAAAACAUCAGAAUGUGUCCCCAAGUCCCAAAUCUCACAAAGAGUUUGCUCUUUGAUUAAAAUUGAAGUUAGAUUCUUGGCAGCCCUGCCGCAUAUCACGAGAGAGGGACAAACUCAGGUCGAAUCCCGCGGAAAAGCAGAAAGCUGGAUGUUCUGUCGUUGCCCAAAUUAAAAUGUAUGUUGUUGAAAACCGCAUGAUAUUGAAUUGCUUAUUGAAAAAGGAAGCGAGGUAGCGCAUGCAAAAUAGCAAUCGUGUUACAUGCAUCAAAUCAAAAGCGUCACUAGCAACUUUACUAAGAAAGUUGGACGCGUGUGUAAAAAUCUCCAAAGAUGUUUUUCGUCUUUAUUGGUAGACAAGUUGUUUGAAUGUACAAUUUUGUGUUCCCUCUAGCUGAGUGUUCAUUUCACUGUAGCGCAGGCAUUAAAUUGGAGAAACGGACCAAAUGUACACUUAAAUUUUGAUAUAAAAUAUUCACAAUUGUAGCUCUUCGCGCAUUUAAAAUAACACGUUAGGAGGUUGGAAUUUUUAAAUUUUGGACAGAUAUUACUCUAUAUUUUUGUUGAUUGGAAAUAUUUACACGCAGGGGGCCCCCGACGCGACGGAUUUGAAUUCGAGGGCCGCAGUAGACACGUAUUUCCUCGUAUUGAAUAAGAAGAUAAAAAAGCUUGUGAUCCAGCCACACACGCGUAGAUUUAAUUUCCACAAACAAAAAGCGCUUAACUAUACUAAAAAGUAUCUUCCCUGUACGACUGUGGUCUCUAUACACACAUUUGACGAAAUAUAUUUAUCACAUGUGAUCGCGAAAUUUACAAUAAAAAAAACAAUUGAAAACGCUCUUUACCGGUUCGGAAAUCAAUGUAUUAAAUAAAUGUGAAUUCAGCCAAGGUAGUAAUUAAUUUUCAUACGCCAUCUUCUAGUCAUUGUAUUUUAUAGAGCCAAAGAUGCAUUCAAAAGCAUUCCAAAAAUAAACUUCUUUCUGUAGUGUGAAUCAUCUUGAUUGGAAAAUAUGUUUGUUGAACAGCCCAUGUAUUAAAAGUAUAUAACAGAAAA